AUGUCGCAUGUGUCUUGCUGUGUUGCUGGCUCAGCAGAUUCAUACACAAGUAGACCUUCAGACUCUGAUGUAUCUCUGGAAGAGGACAGGGAAGCAAUCCGCCAAGAGAGAGAGCAACAAGCAGCUGUGCAACUGGAAAGAGCCAAAGCCAAACCCGUAGCAUUUGCUGUCAAGACAAAUGUGAGUUACUGUGGGGCCCUAGAUGAAGACGUCCCAGUUCCUGGUACUGCCAUCUCAUUUGAUGCUAAGGACUUUCUGCACAUUAAAGAGAAGUUUAACAAUGACUGGUGGAUAGGAAGGCUAGUUAAAGAAGGCUGCGAUAUUGGCUUCAUCCCAAGUCCACUCAAAUUAGAGAAUAUUCGAAUUCAACAAGAACAGAAAAGGGGACGUUUCCAUGGAGGGAAAUCUAGUGGAAAUUCUUCAUCAAGUCUUGGAGAAAUGGUGUCGGGCACAUUUAGAGCUACACCACCUUCCACUGCAAGACAGAAGCAAAAAGUAACAGAACAUAUACCUCCUUAUGAUGUUGUACCAUCCAUGAGGCCAGUUGUACUGGUAGGCCCGUCCCUCAAAGGCUAUGAGGUGACAGACAUGAUGCAGAAAGCCCUGUUUGACUUCCUGAAACACAGAUUUGAUGGGAGGAUAUCUAUAACACGAGUAACAGCAGACAUUUCACUUGCCAAAAGAUCUGUAUUGAAUAACCCAAGCAAGAGGGCAAUAAUUGAACGCUCAAACACAAGGUCAAGCUUAGCUGAAGUACAAAGCGAAAUUGAACGAAUCUUUGAACUGGCAAGAUCCUUACAAUUAGUUAUUCUAGAUGCAGAUACUAUAAACCACCCAGCACAACUCAUCAAGACAUCUUUAGCGCCGAUUAUUGUUCAUGUCAAAGUUUCAUCACCAAAGGUUUUACAAAGGUUGAUUAAAUCCAGAGGAAAGUCCCAAAGUAAGCAUCUGAAUGUUCAACUAGUUGCAGCAGACAAACUUGCACAAUGUCCACCAGAAAUGUUUGAUGUCAUUUUGGACGAGAAUCAGUUAGAAGAUGCAUGUGAACACUUAGCGGAGUAUCUUGAGGCUUACUGGCGUGCUACUCAUACCCCCAAUAGUACCCCAAUGACCCCACUGCUUGGAAGGAACCUGGGCUCUACUGCACUAUCACAAUAUCCUACGGCAAUCACUGGAUUACAGGGGCAACGCAUGAGACAUAGCAAUCACUCAAGUGAGAAUUCUCCAGUUGAGAGAAGAAGCCUGAUGACAUCAGAUGAAAACUAUCACAAUGAAAGGGCACGAAAGAGCCGGAACCGAUUGUCUUCCAGUUCUCAACACAGCAGAGAUCACUAUCCGCUUGUAGAGGAAGAUUAUUCAGAUUCUUACCCGGACACUUAUAAGCCACACAGAAACCACGGAUCACCUGGUGGAUACAGCCACGAUUCACGACAUAGGUUCUGAAUUGUAAAGGCUAAAGAGAGAAUGGUUCUUCACUAACAAUCUUCAAGAAAAAAAAGCUACAAUGGUAUCAUCAAACCAUAUUACUUUUGCCAAGUAUCAUAUAUAGGUUUAUUAUUUUUAUAUGCUGCUGGUCUCAUAUUCAGCCUUAAAAGGCAAACAUCGUAGAUAGUAAACACCACGCUGUAUUAUUUUGAAAUGUGUUACACACCUUCUGUAUUAACAGAAUCGUGUAGAUGAGCUCAUCUUUUACAUGUAAUCAGUUUAAAAGCUAUAUCAUUUAUAAGCUAAAAUUCUGACUAAAGCACAGAUGGAAAGUUUCCAUGCUGAAAGUUUUGCUUGCGUAAGUAAAAACACGUUAAUAGUUAAAUUCCAGCUGGACUCUGGAGGCAUUUCAUAGUACUGUUUAGUUGGACCUGUUAUUAAUUAGGAUAGAUAUAAGGAAUGACAAUAUUAAUCCCAGUCUAAAACUUUUCAAACCAACAUGAAGCGUCUAAUAGAAAUUAAUCUGUGUUAAAAAAGUUUGUAUUUCACUUUUAACAAAAACUAAUUUUAUACAUCAUACCCAUCUUAAUCCUAACCAAGAAACACAAACAUAUUUCCAGUCUCAUAGUAUAUACGUUAUGUUUUUUUUAAGGUUAAACCCAGUUGGAAAGUAGAAUAUACCAAAGAUACUUUCCAGAUGGUCUGCAAGAUUUUUAAAGACUUCACAAUGGAGGUUCAUUAGUCAUUCUGUUCAUGUCAUGUGAAAGAAGAGUCAGAAAAAUGAAGAACUUCUAACAUUGCAUAGUGAAUAGUUAGUGCAUACAAAGAAUCCCUUGUCCUACAGAUAAAGCACUUUGAAACUACUGUUUUGAAAGUGUUAUAUUUCCUAUAUUUUUUUUGUCAAGUCUUUUCUUUCAGACCUACUUGGCUGCUUUAACUUAUGUAUUUUUCCGUGUGUAUGUAUACUUUUUUUAUAUAUGUAUACUUUUUAAAACUGAAUUAAUUGUCCUUUCUGUGCAGCGUUCCAUAUACAGUGCGCAGAGUGUGGUUUUACAAGAUUUAUGUAUUUUUGGUCAUCAUAGCAAUAUAAUAUGCAUGUCAGUGUCACUACAUUUCUAAAGUACCUAAAGGUGAUGAUUUACUCCCAGAAUAAUAUUUUUACAACUAAAAAUGUGAGUAAAUGUGCCUCUUAAUCAGAUGUUACAAAAGAUAAAGGCAAGCUACAUAAGAAAUAUCACAAUUUAUAGAAUAGAAAAUAGUAUGAAACUAAUCCUUUUUUAUUAAGUACUGCUUAUCAGCACUUAUUUUUCUUAAUAAUCAUACUACUUGGUCAAGAUUAAAGAGAUAUGGGCUUUUUCUUGAACACCACUGCAUCUCUUUAGUAUAAGGAAGAAGCAUUGGUUUUAGCAACUAUAUUUAUUAUAGGUUAUAUAUAUAUAUUGACUGUGUCUGGUCAGAGAUUAUUCAUGGGAUUUAUAUGAUUUUGCCAGCACUUACAUGGAUUUUUAUAGCAAGAAGACAUUUGUUCAGAUGGACCUGGUUUAUCCAGGUAGAUCUUUAGUAAGCUACCACUAGGUGGUACAAAUUACAUCAACCCAUUUUGGGGUUGUCAUUGCUAUUAAUGUUAAUAUUUUUUGAUAUAAGCAGGAUAUUGCAAUCAUAUUUGGAACAAAGUGAAUAUUUCAUGGUGUUGUUGCAAAAAUAUAUUUGAACUGGUGUUGAUAUUAACUGGCUGCAAAUGUAAAAUAACUGCCACUAUUUUUAAAUGGAGUCAGAAACAUAUCAUUAUGCAAAUGAUUCACAUUUGUAUAAGGUAUCCGAAUAACAUAAACGUACUCAUCAAUUUUAAUCAGUUACUAUAAAAGGUGAUUUAAAAUGUUGUGAUAACAGGGUAUAAAGUGUGACGAUUACUACUUGCUAGUCAAAGUGAAGUGCUAUCAUGUAAAUCCUAUGCAUAAGACUUGGGAACACAUGUCUUGCAAAGGACAAACAACAUUUUAGUUUUGUCUUUAAUUUAUGCCCAAACACGUCAAUGAACUUGAAAUCUAUGAUAAAACUUAUUCCUAAUGAUAAUUCUUAUAGGAAAAACAAGACAUUUUUUCCACGUGUUUUAGAGUUUACUUUUCCUUACUUUUCAGGGAUGUUGCCUUCUUUUACUAAUCAUCUCUGAAUACACAACAGAUGCCCCAGUUUAACCUCACUGGAAAGUAAUGUUCAGUUAGGAAAUUAAUUUGAGUGAACACAACUGUUUGGCUUUAAGAUAUGCCCGUUUUCCAGCUCCUUCUCAUCAGAAGGAUAUUCUAGUUGAGGUGAAAAAAUAGUAUUAAGGGGUCCUUGUUAUUGCUACAUUGUGGCAUGAAACAAGGGGUUUUCUUCAUGCAGUACAGGAGGCAAGGUUAAUGUGAAACUCCUGCAGCCUUACCUGACACUCUCAUACCUCCAUUACCCCCUGUGUCAUUGCCAACAGCAGCAGUCUGAGUGCCUGUAAAGUAAUUACUGCAUGCUGGACCUCUUCCCUGAAACUUCUGGAAGCAAGUAGCUCAAAGGUUUUACACUAUUCAUUCAGUCCACUUACAAACUAACAAUAUUGUCCAUAAUAAGUAUUAGUAAAACCUGUGGACAGAAAUAUUUUACUUAUGUGUAUGCUACUCAGUGUAUUUUUUGUAUAGCACACUGAGACAUCACAAAGACAUUUUAGGUAUCCUUAAUGUAUGAAGAGUAUACAAAUUAGUGUACUGACAUGAAAGGGAAAUAUGUUAUUCAGUGCCAUUUUUUAAGCUUUAAAAGUUCCUUUUUAUUUUGUUUGCUGUUUCUAAAUUAUGAUUUGCAGAAAAUGCACUAAAACAACUGAUGGCAAAUGAGAUAUUAUUAAACAGCAUCAGGGACAAAGUCAUUAUGUCAAUUUAAUGUUAAAAUAGUUAUAAAAUGCCAUCUGCCGCAACAAAAUCUUUUCAAGAAAGAGGGUGUUUUUUUAUUUAUUGUACAUAUGAAUUUAUUUGGCUUGUUUGUGUUCCUUAUUCU